GAAAUAUUUGUGAUAUGCGCUAGAGUAUGUCUUACCCAGUUUUGUUUAUGUGUAGGUCUUUUGAUGUGUUACGCGAAGGUAGUGGAAUUUUUUGUCUUUCCAGAAAGUGAUCUUCACAAUCGUGUUACUAGGAUAUAUAAGGGAGUGUGGAGUUGCAAGUUAAGGUCAGAAGUAAGCAGACCCCCAGCGACUUCCACAAACUUCUAGCGAACUUCUCCUAGACGGUCUGGCCAGAGAUAACAAUUUUACGAAGCUUUGAGAUUUAUUUACCGAAAAUCUACCAGAAGAACUUCUACGGAUGCAGAAUCCUCUGACAUUUGAC